CUUGGAAAACUUGCUCAAAAUCCCCGAAAAACCAGUUUUGUAACCAAAAGCAAUACAGAUUCUGGAAGUAGACACUUCAGGCUAUCUUUCCAUGUGUGUAUCUUAAAACCGAUUUUUUGACCGAAAACCACCAUUUCUGAGGGGGGGAGGCCCUUAAAGUUUGAGAACUUAUAUAACUGUUGGUAUAAACGCAGACACGAAAAGUUACGUAAAAACACCGACACCGGCAAGAAAACCGUUCUAAACGGUACAUUCGUCACCAAAAAGAUUAGUGAAAACCGAUGAUUUGAGACAAUAGAACCUCUUUUUCGGUUGAAAACCAUGCGAUGGGUUUUUUGAAAAAAUCCGAUUCUGAUCGCGGUAUCGUUGAGAAAAAGAUAGAACUUUUCUUUCUUUUAAAGAAGUUUUAUUUUAUAGCAAUGGCAGUUGCAAAAUAAAACAGUGAAUGAAAUUCGACGGUUUUCAGGCGAUUUUAUCUGAUUAUUCCAUUAAAAAGGUCGUGUAGAAUGCCGUUUGAAAAGAAGCAAAGCCGUUAAAAAACCGCGUGUUAGAACCCGAUAUAAGUGCAAGAAACUGUCGAUAAAAAGUUUUCAACCGCUAAUACCCUAUUAAGUCUGCCAGUAAUCGGGCGGUUGUCGGUUUUUCUUCGUGCUUGAUAAUAAAAAACGAAAUUAGCAUCUUCUCUUGACUAUUGCUCGACAUUUUUAGUUCUAUAGUAGUAUUAGUAAAAAUACUUUGGAAAAUCUAGACUAAUAAAGACAACGAAAUUUGAAUUUUUUUGAACUUGAAGGAUUUUUCGGGUUUUUACGGCCUUCAAGUUGAUUAAAUUUUUUACUAUGAAAAAGAUUUUUUCAAAAAUUAAAAAAUAUAUUUUCUGAACCAGCUCGAUGCGCUCUAUCCAGCGAUGCAUAAUAAGUUGGAAAAAAAAUUUUCUGUAAGUUUGCAUUAGGCACACCUUAUCUUCUUUUGACUAUUGCCCGCAAUUUUCAGUUCUGUAUAGUAUUGAGAAAGAUAGAGAUCAAAAAUAAAACAAAUUAGGUAGUUUCUUUUGUGCUCCUCUUAAAUUCAAAGUUAAAUUAUUAUAGAAACAUGUGUAGUAGUGACAUCUUUCAUGUAAGUUCACUUCUUUCACACUGUCUGUUGCACGCAAAAACUAAAUCAGACAACGGCUAGACCGAAUUUUAUGAAAUUUGAAACUUAAUAGUUUCAAAGGAUACUCUUUCAAAUGGUGAUUUCAAAAGAAUUUUCAAUCUUCAUUUAUAUAAGACUUCUAGAAAACCAUGGUUUUGUAAGGGUGGUUUUAGACGAGAAACUAUUUUUUUUUACUUUAAUUUUGAUUGCAAAGUUUUUUGGUUAAUGUACGCUUGUAGAGAAAUGUUUGAGCUACAUUUUGAAAAAAAAUCAUUGAAAACUUAUUUUUGUCGUAUUUUGAGUCUUAAAAUUGAAAUAGCUCAAUUUUUCUUAUGGCAACCAAUAUUUUGAAAUAUACCGCUGGAAAGAGCAUGAAAAACUGAACAAACGAAGAUUUGCGAGGAUUUAAAAGUAAAAUUAUAAGCGGUUUUCUAGACAUCUCAGAGGUUUACAUGUCUUUAUCAAAUUUUAAUUAAAUAAUAGAAAGAGUUUGGGGUUUAAAAACGUUUUCUAAGAGUUUUGGAGGCUUUCUGGCAUUUUCGUCUCUUUUUCUUUUCAUGAAAUGAUAUUGUUCUUAAUGCUGUGUACCUAGCCUAUCCGAAGCAUGUGUUGCAAGAUCCGACAUCCUUUUGUUGAAUUGAACUGCUUAUAACUUUACUAGUCAACCUAUAUUUGAAUCUAUCGCUCUGUUUAUCGCAUGAAAUAUUUUCUUAAAAAUAGAAAAGUGUUGUUCUGUGCUUUGGAUGGUAUUCUGACCAGUAUUUUUUGUCUCUUUCUUCUUUACUCGGUUGUUAAAGUGUUUUGUUACUAUACAAAAACUACAUAUUUUGUUCAAGCAUCUCUAUCGAUAUAACAACAACCAUCUCGUAUUUUUUAUACUCUACUUUUUUUUAUUCUGAAGUAUUGUUGUCCUUCUUCAUGCCAAAAUGAAAAUCAUAAACAGAAAAAUAAUUAGAUAUGAAGCAAGUUUUUUAUUAUUGAUUCUUUACUCAUACACCACCGAAAGAUAUGUUUCAUGAUAAAUACGGCAGCGAUUGAAAAAUUCUGAGUUUCUAUCGAUUGCUUUGUUUAACAAAGUCAACUAAACGACAAUUACAGCUUUUUUCUGAUUCUUUGUUUAUUUAACAAAACAGAUGUUUUUUUAACAAAACUAGUCGUCUUAUUGAAUCACUCACUACAAAAACUAUUUUUUAAGUGUUCACCUAUACUGAGUAAGUGAGUGAGAGAAAGAGAGAGACAGGCGAAGAAUAGAAGAAAAAAUGUUCUUUACACUCAAAUGAUAAAACAUUUUGUUCAACUUAGAACUUCUUUAUAUUAACAUGACAGUAUGGCUAUUCCACUUGACAUGAUUAAUGGUAACACAAAUCGUAGUCACUAUUACGUGACUCACGGAUUCCACUCGGAUCUUUAUGCUAUCGACACACUACCAAAUGAUUCACUUGAAAUACAAGGUACACGAGUUAAACCUAUGAUCGAUCAUUCGUUUUGGUCGUAUUAUCCUGGAGAUGCUAGCAUGUUGUACAAAUUAGCCAAAGGUUCGGUACGAGAAGAUACACAAACACAACAAACACAAAUUGAAACAGGCGAUGUAUUUUCAAAACGGUGGCACCCUAUUUUCUCACCGCAAAAUCAUAGUCGACAAGGAAAACGUCAAAAGCCUCCAACGUCUGCUCCUGAAACUCGUCAUCCUCUCAUACAUUUCGUCGAACAACGUCCAACAACCGCACCUGUAAUCAUCGAGCGUCCUCGUGCACUAUCAAAAGCUGUUGUCAUCGAUACACCCGUUUCACCAUUGAAAACAUUUUCUGAAAUGACAUCUAAAGUACCAUUACGUCCACCUCGUCUUAUUGAUACAUCGAAUAAUUUUGAUAAUUUACGAAAUGAAUCAUUCUUAAGUUUGACUGACGGUCUCAAAUCAGUUAUAUUUAAAUCGGAAAAUAAUUUUGUUCAACAAUUGUGCAAUGGUAGCGAUUUAUUAAUGAAUACGAGUAGUUACAAUGAUAGUUUGGAUGAUUUAGAUGAUAAAGAAAAUCAACCACUCACUGACAGUAGUAUGUCACAAACACUGCAAGACCUAGAAACAUCAAAAAUCUAUGAUGAGAAUGAAAAUGAAGAUGAUUUGCCAAUUCUCCAUCGUGACAUACAAACCAAAUUGAAAAAAAAUCAGCCGGUAAAUAACAAGAAUGAGAAUAGUGUACAUUCAACAUUAAAAACCGAUAAAAACACGAAAAACGAGAAGACAGAUAUUCAAGAAAUGAAUCAUGGAACUUGGCAGCGGAACAAAGAUGGACGUAUUAUAGCAAUGACAACGACAAGUGAUAUGAGAAAAUCAGGAAAAUUGGAGCGUCCUUCACAGCAAGCUCCACCAUCCACUGUUGCAGAAGAUCAAAUUAUCGAACUGGAAAAGAGACAAGUUGAUGAACGUGAAAAAGAAAUGGAUCUAUUUUCGUUUGACAUGCCAUCCAUACCAUCGACAUGCGAUUUACUCUAUGAAUUUAAAUCACCAUUUACGGAAGAAUAUGAUGUUGCUAUCCAAACACAAUCGAGUAUGAUAACAGAAUUUAAUUUAAAUGAUUUCUAUCGUAACGUUAAGAUACGACUAGACAAUGGAACAAAUGCGAAAAUGGCUUUUGAGCGUUGUUUAAAAAUGUCGAGACUACAAUCAGCGACAAUCAAAUGGGAACAAAGACGUCGACAAACACUAUCUUUAUACAAUCGAAUGCUAAAAACAGCAACUGCCACUGACGGAGGAUCAUUACAGAACACUAAUAACAGUAAUGCGCUUUUAAAUUCAAGUUUUUCUAUGUCGAAUUCAGCGUCUAAUACUAAAGAAAACAAAGAAAUCUCUGAACUCAAACGUGAAUUACGUUGUAAUGAAUGCAAACGAAUAAACUGUUCAGGUAACUGUGCACCCGGUCAAGAAUAUUAUCUCUACAAACGUGUUGCAUCAUCGAUACCCAGUCAAAUGAAAAAAGAUCAACAACCACCUCAAACAAAAUGUAAACAGGGAUGUAUCGUUUGUAAUUGUCGUGCAACAACAUCCGAAGUUAUCAACGCUAAUCAAGUCAUAAAUGGUGGACGAUUAAAAUCAUCAAAAGUUACUUAUUCGUUUGGUCAAAAAUCGCAUAGACCCACCGAUCUGCGACCAAAAUCAAUGAGUCAGGUGACGAAAGAUAUGAAAAUGAAAUUUCAGCAGGCGAAUUUAUCUCCGAUAAAUAUUGUCGAAACAGACGGCAUGGCGUUAAAACGUUCGUCAUUGAAACAAAACGGGCUAUUGCCAGGAAAAUCGUUCCGUUCUCAGAGAAGAGAAUCAUUGUCAGUUAAGCAACAAUAG